CGUAAAACGCGACGGUCGAACGGCCGGUUCCGGCUGAAUGUCAGUGCCGGGCUGUGGGCCGGGGAGGAAGGUGGUUGGCGGUCUCUUCACCACCUCCGCCGUUUGUGCUGCCGCCGCGGGCUCCCAGCCGCUGGGCCGCUGGGGCAUGAGACCGUGAGGCGAGCGACGGGCCGGGGCAGCCGACAUGUUUGGCCGCUCGCGGAGCUGGGUGGGCGGGGGCCAUGGCAAGUCUUCCCGCAACAUCCACUCCUUGGACCACCUCAAGUAUUUGUACCACGUUUUGACCAAAAACACCACAGUCACAGAACAGAACCGGAACCUGCUAGUGGAGACCAUCCGUUCCAUCACUGAGAUCCUGAUAUGGGGAGAUCAGAAUGACAGCUCUGUGUUUGACUUCUUCCUGGAGAAGAAUAUGUUUGUUUUCUUCCUGAACAUCCUGCGGCAGAAAUCAGGCCGCUAUGUGUGCGUUCAGCUGUUGCAGACCUUGAACAUCCUCUUUGAGAAUAUCAGUCACGAGACCUCACUUUAUUAUUUGCUCUCUAAUAAUUAUGUAAAUUCUAUCAUUGUCCAUAAGUUUGACUUUUCCGAUGAAGAGAUUAUGGCAUAUUAUAUAUCAUUCCUGAAAACACUUUCGUUAAAACUCAACAACCACACUGUCCAUUUUUUUUACAAUGAGCACACUAAUGACUUUGCCCUGUACACAGAAGCCAUCAAAUUUUUCAAUCACCCUGAAAGCAUGGUUAGAAUUGCUGUCAGAACCAUCACGUUGAAUGUCUACAAAGUGUCAUUGGAUAACCAGGCCAUGCUACAUUAUAUCAGAGAUAAAACUGCUGUCCCUUACUUCUCCAAUUUGGUCUGGUUCAUCGGGAGCCACGUGAUCGAACUUGAUAACUGUGUGCAGACUGAUGAGGAGCACCGGAAUCGAGGAAAACUGAGUGACCUGGUGGCUGAGCACCUGGACCACCUGCACUAUCUUAAUGACAUCCUGAUCAUCAACUGUGAGUUCCUCAAUGACGUGCUCACGGACCACCUGCUCAACAGACUCUUCCUACCCCUCUACGUGUACUCACUGGAGAACCAGGACAAGGGUGGAGAACAACGGCCCAAAAUCAGCUUGCCGGUGUCUCUCUAUCUUCUGUCACAGGUCUUCCUCAUUAUACAUCAUGCACCCCUGGUGAACUCGUUAGCUGAAGUCAUUCUGAAUGGUGAUCUGUCUGAGAUGUACGCUAAGACUGAACAGGAUGUUCAGAGAAGUUGUGCCAAGCCCAACAUUCGGUGCUUUGUUAAGCCCACCGAAACACUCGAGCGGUCCCUUGAAAUGAACAAGCACAAAGGCAAGCGGCGGGUACAAAAGAGACCUAACUACAAAAAUGUCGGAGAGGAAGAAGACGAGGAGAAAGGGCCCACUGAGGAUGCCCAAGAUGACGCCGAGAAGGCUAAAGGUACAGAGGGUGGUUCAAAAGGCAUCAAGACGAGUGGGGAGAAUGAAGAGAUAGAGAUGGUGAUCAUGGAGCGCAGCAAGCUCCCAGAGCUGGCGGCCAGCACCUCCAUGCAGGAGCAGAACACCACAGAUGAGGAGAAGAGCGCCGCCACGGGCUUGGAGAGUGUGCAGUGGAACAGGCCCUUCUUAGACAUGGUGUACCAUGCCCUGGAUAGCCCAGACGAUGAUUACCACGCGCUUUUUGUGCUCUGCCUCCUCUACGCCAUGUCUCACAACAAAGGCAUGGAUCCUGAAAAACUAGAGCGAAUCCAGCUCCCAGAGCCCAGUGCUGCUGAGAAGACCGUCUACAACCACCUACUGGCCGAAAGACUCAUCAGGAUCAUGAACAGCGCUGCCCAGCCAGAUGGGAAGAUCCGGUUGACGACACUGGAGCUGAGCUGCCUACUCCUAAAGCAGCAAGUGGUGACCAGCACGGGCUGCAUCAUCAAGGAUGUGCACCUGGCCUGUCUGGAAGGUGCGAGAGAAGAAAGCGUUCACCUACUGCGGCACUUUUAUAAGGGAGAAGAAAUAUUUUUGGAUAUGUUUGAAGACGAGUACAGGAGCAUGACAAUGAAGCCCAUGAACGUGGAAUAUCUCAUGAUGGACGUCUCCAUCCUGCUGCCCCCCACGGGCACGCCACUGACGGGCAUUGACUUUGUGAAGCGGCUGCCAUGUGGUGACGUGGAGAGGACGCGGCGGGAUAAGUUCCCAGAAGUGGAAUUUCUGGUUCAAAGGGCCAUCCGGGUGUUCUUCAUGCUCCGUUCGCUGUCACUGCAACUGCGAGGGGAGCCGGAGACCCAGUUGCCACUGACUCGGGAGGAAGAUCUGAUUAAAACCGAUGACGUCCUAGAUCUCAACAACAGUGACCUGAUUGCGUGCACGGUGAUCACCAAGGAUGGCGGCAUGGUCCAGCGGUUCCUGGCUGUUGAUAUUUACCAGAUGAGUUUGGUGGAGCCCGACGUGUCCAGGCUUGGCUGGGGAGUGGUCAAGUUCGCGGGCCUCCUGCAGGACAUGCAGGUGACUGGCGUGGAAGAUGACAGCCGUGCCCUAAAUAUCACCAUCCAUAAACCUGCCUCCAGCCCCCACUCCAAGCCCUUCCCCAUCCUCCAGGCCACCUUUGUCUUCUCGGACCACAUCCGCUGCAUCAUCGCCAAGCAGCGCUUGGCCAAGGGCCGCAUCCAGGCGAGGCGCAUGAAGAUGCAGAGGAUAGCUGCCCUCCUGGACCUUCCGAUCCAGCCAACCACUGAAGUCCUGGGAUUCGGACUCGGCUCCUCUUCCUCCCAGCACCUGCCUUUCCGAUUCUACGACCAGUGCCGCCGAGGCAGCAGUGACCCCACAGUGCAGCGCUCUGUGUUCGCGUCCGUGGACAAGGUACCAGGCUUUGCCGUGGCCCAGUGCAUAAACCAGCACAGCUCACCAUCCCUGUCGUCGCCCUCACCAUCUGCCAGCGGGAGCCCCAGCGGCAGCGGGAGCACCAGCCACUGCGACUCAGGAGGUGCCAGCUCCUCGUCCACCUCCUCUGUUGCCCAGAGCCCAUCAGAUGACGCCGUGACUCUGGAACAGCCGCAGCCUAACCUUCCCGACCAGUUGGUGAUCGUCAACGAAAUGGAAGCAGACGCCAGGCCCUGCAAGAGCCUGGCCAAGAGCGUGGAUGUGGAGACGGUCAGCCUGUCCCCCAGCCUCACCCCGGCCCAGCAGCCCGCCAUCUCCCUGCUCUGCGAGGACACGGCCGACGCGCUGAGCGUGGAGUCGCUGACCCUCGUCCCGCCUGUGGACCCCGACAGCCUCCAUACCCUGGCAGGCAUCCCCCCACCACCCACACUCGCCGCCGAGGGCACGGGGACCCCAGGUGAGGAGACUGCGCAUCCGGAGCCAGCAGGCCCCGCUGAGCACUAGUCUGAGCCGCGCAGCCUCCCUGUGUGGGUGUGGCUCCGCCGAUGGGGACCCAGGCCACUGACUCCAAAGACACACUGGGAGCAUCGUCGCUGUGACCAUCUCCACCACCCCCUGUGCUCCUUGACUCCAUUUGAAUUCCUCUUUCACUUUCCACUUCGAGAGCAGCUGGGACCCAUGGAGACGCCCCAGCAGACCUAGAGGGCUGAGGCGGCGCCUCGGGAAGUGGCUGGUUUCCUGGUCUCCGCGCCCCCAGCCUGGGUGGCAGGACCCACCACCAUCACCCCUCCCAUCAGCCGGCCCUGCGCAGCUCACAGCUCUUCCGUGCAUCCCAGUGUGCACAGAAGAAGCGGACGAGGUCACCAUAGGUAGAAAUUUGCAGAAAAGCGAACUUCGAUAAACAUCUCCUUUGGGUAUUUAUUUCCACUUUUGGCAGCAGGUGGAAAGCAUUUAUUUUAAAAGCACCUAUUUUGUUGAAAAGUCCAAAAAAAUCCUCAGUGCUAAGGUUUAAUGUCAUGUAAAAAGUGUAAGAUUACUGUUAAGUUUUCACUUUUGUUUUCCCCUGAACUUCCCAGUGUUUUGGUUUAGAGUUCUCAGUCUGGCGUUCUUCAUUUUCUUAAGUGAUUCUUAUUUCUUUAUUACUCACUAACUCUGCAGGCCUGUGGGAUGAUAAGUACCUUCCUGGAAAGUUUAGAGUAUUUUUUAAACAAAAUAAGGGAGAUACGUGUAUUCUCGGGUACACAGGGAGAAGAGAGGGAGGGGUUUCCCUGCCAGCAGCCCAGGGGCCUCACGUUACCUGCAGUCAGCUCCUGGCUCGCCACCCGUUCCUGGUCUCUGGCCCAAAAGCAAGCAGGACAGUUACCCAGCAUCCCCUUCAGCUGUCCCAUCUGUUUGCCUAAGAAAGAACCACUGGGGACCGCGAAGCCCCCACUGGCUGUGAUGAGAGCAAAGGCGUGGCAGCAGCACCUACAUCGCCUGCUGGACCCUGUGUACCCUUCCUCUGCUGCCACCGCCAAAACACAGCUUGUUUGUAAAUGAACGCCCGCCCUUUGGGCCAGGGGUGCGAGGGCCAGUUCUCCCCGAUCCAGUAAAGCAGCCAAAGUUCCUGCUUGGCACAGCUAAGCAACCCUCCCCACUCUGCGUGCUGGGACCUUCCGCAGCUUGCCUCCCGGUGUUGGGCCCCCCCCCCCCCCGUGGCCUCCAGAUACUCAGCCUGCUCACCACCCACCUGUUAGAGGAUGGGGUCCUCUCCGCCUCCCUCAAAUCCAGCCACCACAGCAGGGUCUGGAGGAGACAGUUCUGCUGGGGACGGGAGUGGUGCCAGUCAGAAGCCCUCCAGGCAGCUGUGCCCACCAAUCUUCAACAAAGAAAGGACUCAUUUAGGCUGAAGUUCGGGGCCCUGGCAAGAGGGACAAGCCACGGCCACCCGCAGAGCCAGGUGGACGGGAGGAGAAGACAGUCCGCGGGGAGCAGGGCCGGUGGUACGCCUUCUCCAGCAGCCAGCCACGGGUCCUGCGUGAGCUGCUUGUGCAUAGGAACAUCCCAUCCCAGGCCGUGCACUUCUGGUUUUCCAAUGACUCAGGCAGUAGAACUGAAACCAAGUGACUUCCCAGGUGGAGCUGGGACCACCGCCUGCUGUCCGGAAUCCAGGGGUUCCUGGUGGUUUCGUGGCCUCUGGCACUGACGGAGAAGGUCUCGGCAGGGGAGGAGCAGGGGACCAUCCCAGAGCCACAGUGAGAAGGUGGGACAGAUGCCCCAUCCCAGGGAGAGGCGGGCAGGAGGGUCCUCCCGCCCCAACAGUCCUCCGCUCUCAGCCCCCUCCGCCAGGCCUGCCCUGCCCUGUGCUCUGCAGGAGGCAGCUUCCCACCCAAGCACCUGCCCCGCGUCUGAGGGCGAAUGAAGAAACGCACCCUUCGCGGACACGAGCGAUCUCCAAGAUCUAAGGCACGGGCUGAACGGAUCCUCAUCUUUUCUAGAUGCAAUAAAUGAGAAAUAUUUCAGUCACGUUGACACUGGGCAUAAACUGUAAGGGUUCCUAAUGUUCCUCCGAACUGAAAAUAUGUAAAUAAGUUUGUCCCAAGGAGGAGCAGGGUCAGGAAACACUCACGCUUCUGGGCUGAGGGACCCUUUCAGGGAAGUACCUGCUCACCAGGGUGACUCAUGCUUCUUGGGCACCGCACAGCAGGGUGGAAAUGAAAACUGGAACUUCCUUGUAAAUUGUUACUUGGCAAUAAACGCGAAAGAGCUACCAGAA